ACUGUGUUGCUGACGUCAUCAGAGCGCGGCCUGACGUCACGCUGCGCCGACAUGUCGGUGUUUCACGAUGAAGUUGAGAUCGAAGAUUUUGAAUUUGACGCAGAGACGCAGAUGUUUUAUUUCCCGUGUCCGUGCGGAGACAGGUUCUGCAUCACUAAGGAAGACCUGGAGAACGGAGAGGAAGUGGCCACGUGUCCCAGCUGCUCGCUCAUCGUUAAAGUCAUCUACGAUCAGGAUUUGUUCAUGUCGGGAGAAAUAAUCGAAGCUCCGUCGUCGUCAGAGAUGAAACUGGAGCUGGCUCAGUCCUGACCCCCCCCCCCCCCCCACCAAAUUACCCAUCAGGCACUGCUCCUCGCUGGAGGAGAAACUGCGACUGGAGCAGACGAUCAGAGCUCGCGUUGUUAUGAUCAGAGGAUUUUAAAUAUGUUUGUAACUAACGUAAUAUUUAUUAAAGUGGUUAAAACAUAAAAAA